AUGUGCGCCGCCCCUAUCGUAGGCCCUGUUGCGUCGCUCUUUCCCCAUGUCAAAAAACAUUGGUGGAAGACUGUUUUUGAUGAAUUCUACCUACGCACUGACGGAGACGUCUUUGACGAUCCCAGAGUCACAGAGACAGAGUGCCAGGAAAUUCUUCGCCUCCCACACGUCGCUGGACUCUUCGCCCCCAAACAACCGCAGCAAAAUGAUGAACCAGUGCGAGUCCUCGACCUUUGCUGCGGCCAGGGACGGCACAGUAUUUGGUUUGCCGAGAACUACCCCAAUGUACAGUUUUACGGAUACGACGCAAGUACCUACCUGGUCAACCUCGCAAAGAAGCGCGCAGCGCAUCUCCCCAACGUUCGUUUCUCAGAGGUCAACGCGGCAGCAAUGCCGACUACCGAGCCCUUCCACCUGGCCCUCCUGUUGGGUAAUUCGUUUGGCUACGGGGGCCAGGCCAACGACAAAAAUGUACUCAACAAGAUAUUUAAUUCCCUCGCGCCAGGGGCCUUUUUGGUAAUGGACAUUACGGAGGCUGAGUGGAUGCAAUCCAACAUUCAAGAUCGUUCUUGGGAAUGGGUUGAUGGACGCGACUCUGAACAACUCAUAAAUGGCCGUGGUUGCGAUCUUGCUACCCUGGGAACAAGACUACUUGUGUGUCGUGAGAGGGAGCUAAACGCCACAAAAGACACGGUUGCGUGUCGUGAAAUUAUUAUCGACCUGCAGAAUGGACUUGCCAAGGAAAACUUUUUUUCCGUUCGACUUUACAAACGUGGCGAGCUUAACCGCCUCCUCAACCAGUGCGGCUUUGCUGUCCACCCUGAUGGCCUCAUCCAGAAGACGCAGAGUGACCGCGACCAGGACCUUGGGAUGAUGGGACAGCGCCGUUUCGUUUUAGCCCAAAAGCCCAAAUUUUGUGUCAGCUCGUCGCCGCUGAAGGACACCGAGACCUACUUUGUCCACCCGGCGCUCAAGGUCGGCACCGUGCCCGGGAAGGGUCGUGGCUUGCUGGCCACCGAGAAUAUUGCCGCCGGAACGCUGCUCUUCGCGGCAAAGCCGUACGCGAUGGCUCCGUCAGUCGACCCGUCGAGGGGCGACUACUAUUUUUGCAGCAGCUAUGCGUGUAGCAGGACCAUGGACAAGUCGACAACAGGCCUCGUCGCGUGCGUCUGCAUACAAGACGUGGUAUGGUGCGACGCAGAGUGUCGCGAGCAAGAUCAGCAAAGGCAUACGCUUGAGUGUGCCUGGCUUCAGAAGUUCCAGGACGAGAUUUUAUCCAGGUAUGGAACAUACGAUUUCAACAUGCUAUGGAUCAACGUGCGUGCAUUGUGCCAGCGCCAGGUUGAUCAGAGCCAGCCUAGCCCUCACGGCCGUGCAGGAAGAUUUGAGGCUACAUCGACCGAGGAUGAACCGCGCCAAAGGGACGCGACCUCGUGGGAGGGCAUCCUUGCACUCCGGGCCAAUCAAGAUCUCUUCCCCGCUUCCAAGUGCGCUCACUGGUCGGAUCUCGCUGAAGCAUACCUGUACGGUCAGCCCUUUGCCCACGGCCUGACACUGGCCGAUCUCGUGAGCCUGAUAUGCAAGGAGGAAACCAACUCCUUCUGUCAGGAGUGCUGUAUUGCGUAUUUUGACCUGGCGGAGAGAUGGUCACUCGAGGCCCGUAGGGAGUUGCUGGCGCGAUUCUUCAACUUUACGUGCGACUGUGACAGGUGCCGGUGGGAGGAGGCGGGCGAGUAG